AUGUUAAAGUUUAUAUUUUUCUCAGGUCCAAUGCCACCGCGGUUUACUUUUCUCCGUGUAGAAUCUUUGCGGCAAGCUGCACUUGCCAAUCAUAAUGUGGAUUUGAAAGAAAAUAAAGUUGCGACCAAUUCUGUCCAGGGUACUAGUCAAAUUUGUCAGGAAUCAUUGACUGUAAAGGAUAAUCGAGAAUCCUUUCUUAGUUGUUCUGAGAAGUUACGGGGAGUUGAUCAGGAAAAUGAGCAUGGGAAAUACAGUGUGGAAGUUGGGGGAUUUAAUAGUAAAAGUUUGUGCAAGGUUGCUAAGUCGACAGUGAGAAAACUUUUCAAUGAUGAUGUACCUGUUGAAACAAAUGGACCAUCCCUUAGCUGCAAUGCAUUAAAUGAAGGAGAUGACUUAGACAAGCUGCCUAUUUACCAUGGUGAAUUGGCAGGGUUAAGCUAUGUUAACUCUGAAGAACCUGGAGUGUUGUCACAGGUCAAUGCUCUUGACUUUGUAGAUAGGUUUCUCAAAGAUAAUAUCACGGAUUUUGAUCAAGAAACUAACUGUGUUAAGAAUAUGGGGGAAAAGUCAAAAUCAAUUCCCAGUACAAAAAGGCAGCACAGUUGGGCAAAGACUGUAAAUGAUAGUGGCAAAGCUAGAAGAACUGGGAUUUAUGACUGGGAUGAUAGCCGUGAGGAUGAGGGUGGAGGAGAUAUAUAUUUAAGGAGAAAGGAAGAUUUUUUUAAGGGGGAAACACAUAGGCCAAUGUCGUUGCCGGGAUUCUGGAAGAGCAAAAUACACAAACUAAGUCUAAAUGAUGAUAAGGAAGACACAAAUAUUCAUAAUAGAAGAAAGACCGCAGUUCAUUCUGAUUCAAGACUAGGGAUGCAUAUUCUGAAAGCAAGGGACAAUGUUAUACCAGAAGCAGCAAUGAAUUUAAGACGAAAUCUUGCUAAUGAAUUGGAUGAACAAUUGAACACUGAUUGCUCUAGAGGAGAGAUGAAGCCGCAUGCUAAUGCAGAUGCACGGGAGAUGUUAGAUGUAGGUCCAGAUACUCAAAUGGCUGCUGAGGCUAUGGAAUCAUUGUGCAAUGCCAAGGAUAUUGUUGAUAAUGAUACUGCUCAUGUUACUAGAAGUGGUUUAACUUAUAAACUUAAUAACUCUUGUACUGAAAAAGUGAAGCUGGUUUCAUCAAAGGAACAUUUGGGACUAUAUGACAGGAAAAGGAAAGUUAAUGUUAAAUCAAUGUUGCAAACUUCAGGUUUAUCAAAGAGAAGUACUAAAGAAGCCAGGCAGUGCACAAAGGAUAGUAUGAUGACAAGAUCAAAGAGGAGUAAGUUAAAUGCAGAAGGCAACCAAGGCUCCAGUGAUAAUGAAAAUGGUAGAGUAUCCUUGUCUCCCAUAAUUACACAAAGAGAGUCAGCUGGAGCUUUGAAAAGAGUCCAGCAUGAUGCAGUGAAUAAUCUUGGCAAUCAUAGAGGGAGUUCGGUCAGCAGAAGGCAAUUUCAGGAUAGUGUUUGGCAUUUUUCACCAAUUGCCCACAGAACUAGACAAUCCUUAUCAGUAAAUCUUGAUAUACCACCCAAGAGUUUGAGAGAUGGGAAUAUAGGGAUUGAUACCCUUGAGAAAAACAGUGGAAUUGACCUACAGGUGUCAAAAGCAUUGAAUUCUAAAUCUACAGGAUAUUCUGAGAAUUCUGCCCUGACGGAAAAUGUUGUUAGUUUCAGUGACGAUGUUGAAAUGGAUAUAGUAGAUUGCCCUAAAAGACGCAGAUCUUUGAGAAUUAGGAAGUUGUCUAACCUUGAUAAAGGAUCUGAGACAUUAAUUUGUUCAUCCAAGCCAGCUGCACAACCUGAAGAUACGGGGAAAUCUACUGACAGGAAGAGGAAAAUGAAAACAGAUUCUGUUGUCAAAUCAUAUGUGAAUUGCAGAGAUCACUCAUCUCCAAAUGAUGGUUCAGUAAUAUAUUCUGUUCAGAAAAGGAAUAUAUCAGAGCUAAAUUUAGAUAAAGCAAACCCAGGGGAUAAUAUCAAUAGUUCUGAAGCCACCACCAGUUCAGAUGAAUCGCUGAGAGAGAGGGCCAAGUCAUCUGACUUGGCAUCUGCAACUCCAUCGAAAUGUAAGAUGCAUGUGAUUGAUGCAUCACCUGUUUGUAUGGGCGACGAAUAUUACAAACAAUCAUGCAAUAGAAGUCGUUCCACAUCAUGCCUUCUUAAUGUGUCUCGAAAGGAGCUCCACAGAGAACUUCAAAACUUGAGUGUCAUCCGACCUGAAUUGCUUACUCCCUCUAAAGAUUCAAGAAAGAGGAGGGACAUGACCAAUGUUCGAGUUCUUUAUAGCCGGCACUUGGAUGAAGAUAUUAUUAAGCAUCAGAAGAAGAUAUUAGCACGACUUGGAGUUUCUGUGGUAUCCUCCAUUGCAGAUGCUACCCACUUUAUAGCUGAUCAAUUUGUGCGUACUAGGAAUAUGUUGGAAGCUAUUGCUUUUGGUAAACUGGUGGUCACACACUUGUGGAUUGAGAGCUGUGGACAAGCUCACUGUUUUAUUGACGAGAGACAUCACAUAUUGAGGGAUGCCAAAAAGGAAAAGGAGUUAGGUUUCAGUUUGCCAGUUUCACUAGCACGAGCAAUCGAGAAUCCUCUUUUGAAGGGUCGAAGAGUAUUGAUCACCCCUAAUACUAAACCUAGUAAAGAGAUUAUUUCAAAUUUAGCAAGAGCAGUUCAGGGCCAGGUGGUGGAGAAAGUAGGAAGAUCGAUUUUGAAGGGCCACACGGUUCCAGAUGAUUUGCUGAUCAUAUCCUGUGAAGAGGAUUAUGCCUCUUUGGUGCCUUUUCUUGAAAAGGGGGUAAUGGUGUACAGUUCUGAACUGUUGCUGAAUGGCAUAGUUACUCAGAAGCUGGAGUAUGAAAGGCAUCGACUUUUUGCAGACAAUGUGAAGAAAACUCGUUCGACCUCGAGUGAUGCAGACCAAGGUCGCUAUUCCACGGUUCUCAUCCUUUCAUAUGCUACAAACAGGAGAGAAAUGUGA